AGGUUUUCUGACUCUAAGCAUAUUUCCUGUAGAAUAGAACCUACCGUACCAUAUUAUACCCAGAUGUUUCCAAACUCAAUGUGUUCCAAGACAAACGGGCUAAAAACUGAAAAAGAUGAAACAACUUUAAAAUAUUUUCAGCCUUCUGGUUGUCUGCUGAGGUCGAACUUUCUUUGUGACUGAACUGCGUUGCUUCUGUGUAAACUCAGUAUUUUUCUCAAUAGAACAAACCUUGUAACAUAAUGAAUAAAUCCCUGAUGUGAUAGACAUGGCUUUGUAAUGGAUGCAUAUAUGUAAAGUUUUGCUUUCAGUGUUGUUAAACAACUUAAUGUUUAAAAAAACAGCUCACAUUGUGGAAUCUUCAUUAAAUAACCUUUACGUUAAAGUUACAAAAUAGAACGAUUCAGAUUCUUGACCGAGCGUUCACCGUUCAAGCUGAAAACCAGCCAUUACCACACGCCACAGGAUUUCAUAUUACGCUGAUAUUUAAAAUUUUGGAAUACAAAAACUGCAAAUAAAUGACCAGGUACAUUCAGUUCUCGCUUUUUCCAGAGAUCAUCUGAAAAUCCCUAACAUCUAUUUCCACAAAACGUAAGGAACAUUUAAGCCAAAAAUAUGAAAACUAUACCACAGAAGGACAAAGAUAGAAAAAUGACAACGAGAAUGGGGCAUUGGUUGUAACGUAAGCAGCUUGUACUUUAGCUCUCUUGCUGGAGAAGAGGCAGAAGUUGCCACAAGUUGUUCAUCUAAUCUUCUUGCUUCAGAGCCCAAAAUAUUUUAGGCAAUGGCCCCUUCCCCCUCCAUCCACCCAUCAUCUCCUUCUCGUUUGCUCUGCCUCUUUCCAGCAGAACCGCUCACAUCUGGUUUUGAGUCGAGGCCAGGUUGGUUUCAGCUGGAACGGAGGGCUUUUAUUUCUCAAUGGCCCCCGUCCCUCUCCAGUUUCAAUCUCAGGAAUGCACAAGAAAGUGACGCUUGUUUACAAAUGGGUUUUCCUUUCUCUGUAGUAAUAACAUUUGGGUUCUGAUUUUUCUUCACAAGGAACGCCACAAUAAUUUCCAGUUAAUAUUGGGGUUGAGAAGGAAUGCUGGUCUGCUGGCUGGUGGUCUUGAAGCCUUUUCCGGUGGCGCCCUCUGAAAUUUAAGAAAACUCCCACUAACAGCUUCAUGGCAUUUACCUCCCAAUGCUCCCUUCAAAUGGAACAGAGAGCUUAGAUUGUUGACCUGGUUUUCCUUGGAAAAAUAAAAAGGUGCCGAUAUUUUUGACAAAAUAAAUGAAGAGCAACCUUUACCCAUGCUCAGAACUAAGCAGGAAAAAAAGACACACAAAUUCAAAACUCCGCACAGAAGAAGGUCGGAUCCUGUUUUCGUGUCUUUCCAGCAUGUGUUUGUACUUCGACACGCGUUAAGACAUCCGAUCGAGCUGCCAUAUUUCCUCACCCGAGGGAAGAGGAGCUGUGUAAACAAUAUUAAUGUUAGCCUUCGCUGUUUUUAAAAGCACAAUUUUCAAGUUGCAUCAUAAGGUCUGGAGCGUGGCCCUAAAGAAGUGUGUGCACUUAUUUUUAGGGGGUGAGCCAGAGGGGGAGAUGUGAGAACAAAGAUGUUCAGUGUUUUCCAGAGGGAGGAUGGGUGGUAGGUAGGGUGGGGAGGACAGACUGCUGGGGGAUGUCUGAUGUCACCUGGUAGGGAGCUAUGAAAGCUUCCCCUGGUUACCUUAUCCCACAUAAAAGUCUGGCAGAAGACUGAGGCUUUAGGGAAGCUUGGCAGAACAGCGGCAUUAAACAGGAACAAACAUCACUCACCUUUCUUUCUCUUUCUUAUGUCGAGGCGUCGGAGAGGCAGAUUGUUUACACAGAAUGUUGUCACUGCAUAUUUCCAAUACCUUACAAAAAAAAAAAAAGGCAAUGGGGAUCCAAUACCUAAUGUUUUUUCUUGAAGUAUCUCCCUUAACAUGCGCACAUUUAAAAUGUUUCUUUCACAUCACAGCAAUGAUUUUAACCAUACACGUCUGUUAAGAAAAGAAAAAAAAAAACCCGACCCUUUUGUUGUAGGGUAGAGAUUUGCAUCCUAAAGAGUCAGUUGUGAUCUGAUAGUGAAAAAAUGGAAGCUGCUCAAUGCCAGAAAGCAGUUAAUUGCACAUGUGGAGGGCAGAUUUGAUCCCGACACCGUGGGCGAUGUGGAGGGAGAUGUGUUUAGAUGGUGAGCUGCAGACUGCGGUUAGGUACAGGCUGCUUUCUCAUUAGCUCCACCAAUGGAUGUAAUGAGCACAGAGGUGGGGCUGGUGCUAUUCGUAUGGGGACAACAUGUGUUUGAAACAAACCCUGUCGGCCCCCUUAAAAUAGCGUGUGGCAAGCAAAGACAAUGUCUGCAUCUCCUACGUUUGCAAAGAAGUCCUCCGUCUUUAAUGCAACAAUUUAAUAAAAACCAAAUAAAAGUUGGAUAAUUCUUCAUUUUCUGUUGGAUUCAAAAUCACUGCCUACAUCAAACACAUACAGUAUGUUUCCCCUCAUUUUUGUUUUAUGAUCUGUAAAAAAAAUAAAAAAAAUCGAUGUCAGUUAAAAUCUAAAUCAUCGGAUCAGAUAUCAAAGAAUAUCAGAAAUGACGAUUCUUUAGCCAGAAAAAGCAUGAUUGGUCCACCUCUGGAAGCUCAUGUCUUUAAUCCAGCUGUGAACAGUUUGCUCUGCCACUGUAUGGGGGAAUGAGGAAGGGAGGAAUCAAUGGCUGUUUUUGAUGUUCCACUGAGUCCUUACAUACUGGUCUUCAUUAGGGGGACUGCAGGAUAAAAGCGAGGGGAUAAAAGCUUCCAGAUCAGAAGGAAAACAACAACUUGUCUGAGGAAACCACAAAAGAUGGAUGCUGAGUUUCCCAAUGCUGACCUGAAGGAAGGACAAUUCACAGACCAACACUGUCCCCUUGAGGUGAUUCUUCCCCAGGAGAAGGCUGAGGGUUGCGAAAGCUACCUGCAGUACCUGCACUCAGAGGAUGGAGAGAAGGAACCACUCAGAGACGCCACCAAAAGCUCCGGGAAGAAAGGAAUUAGCGUCAAUGAUGUGGAGUGUGAUGUUUCUUUGGAAGAUGACAACCGUCAGGAGUGGAUCUUCACUCUUUAUGACUUUGACAACAGUGGGAAAGUCACCAAAGAAGACAUGUCGAGUUUGAUGCACACCAUCUAUGAUGUGGUGGAUGCCUCUGUGAAUCACUCCUGUCAUAACAAAAGCAAGACUCUGCGCGUGAAGCUGACUGUCACCCCAGAGCCGAAGAGCCACAGACGAGACACGGGAGCAGAGCGCUGUCACCAGGAUGAGAGCCGGUCAUCAGAGAAGCGUCUCUCCUCAUACUUCAGCAAGGGACAGAGCAGUGAGCCUCCGGCCGCCGAGGGUCAGCAUUACUGCGUGGAUGAGAACACAGAGAGGAGGAACCACUACCUGGACCUGGCUGGUAUUGAGAACUACACUUCCAGAUUUGAAGGAACGAACCCAGAUUGCCCCACUCAGGAGACUCAAGUUCGUAGCUCACAAAGCCAGAGUCGCUCUCGAUCCCACGAGCCAGAAGCCCAAGUUGUUCACCACCGACGUUCGCAGGUCAUCGGUGAAAGCUACAACCCCGCAGAGCCUCGAGCCAAAGGUGCUCAGUUUCUCAAAUCCCCUAAAGGAGCCUAUAAGGGAAGUGGAGGUAAUAAUGGAGGUGGCAAAUCCAACAAAUGCCACGGUUACCACCCUCCCAUCCAAACGAUGCUGCACGGUGGCAACGCCGCAGGUCACGGGGGUCAGGAUGUGUACCACCUGCCACACCAAGCUCAACCCUCAGCCCACCACCAGCACCCUCUGCAGCACAGUCACAGCAAGCGGCUGAAGGCCAGAGCUCGCGAUUCCAUGUCCCCGACCAAAACCCCUCUGACUCCGCAGCCCCACCACCAACAGCAGCCUGCCAUGCCGUCCAUGCUGCCCGGCAUGGAGAGGGAGCAGGCGUCCGGCCCCCCCGGGAGCCCAGGGAUCGUUGUGCCUGUGGUGCAGCGCCAUGAGCAUCACCAUCACCAUGAACACCACCACCACCACCACUACCACCACUACCACCAGACAUGACACCUUUAUGUAUAAAUACAUAUGAGUGACUGAAACCAUUAGAGGACCAAACCACGCUAUUCUGAAGGACUAAUCCAAUGGAAGCACUCUCCAUCCUGGAUCUUCAAAGCUUCCUGCAAACUCUACAAAUAUAGAAACACUGUACUGAGCUGCCAAGUACACUGAUGGUAAAUGGUGUCUGCUUUGCAGGACCUCAGCAUGUAAUAAGAGAGAAAUGGUGCAGUUUUCCAGUAUUUUCCCCAAAUGUUGUACUUGAAAGCCUGCACUCCUUCCACAUAUUUUUUAAGGGGUUCGGUAAAGAAGACAUUCAAAUCAGACGACUUCUGUUGUGUCUCUCAGUCUCUUCAAUCAAAGUCCUAUAAAGCUAUAGUAUGUGUCCGAAUAGUUAUUGUUCCGUGUUUUUCAAAAAUGCAGAUCUCAGGUGUAAAGGUGCUGCUGCUCGCGGGCUUCCCACAGAGGCCCCGCUUUUGUGGGACCGGUGCUGUGGGGCCAGGGGGCUUCCUGUUUGUGUGUGCGAGGGAGGGAGGAGAGGGGAGAGGGAAUAUGAAAUCACCACUGCCAGUUUUAAUGCAAGAAUAUCUUCCUAUAUGUAUUAAAAAUCUAUAUAUGUAAACACAUUUUACUGUAUAAUAAUUAUGCUCUAUAUGCAUAUGUCAUCAUGGAUCUAAUUA